AUGAGGGGGCUCAAUUUAAAGCCAUCGCGUGUUUACCAAACGGCAGCGGCACUACUCGAAUCUGAAAGUAUUUCACAAGCACCACCAUGGUAUAAGACAAUCGGCUCAGUUCCUCCUUCUGAAAUCCUUACACGGACGCAGCCUGUUCAACACCGAGGAAGCAAUGGCAGGCCCAGGACGAAAAAAGCUAGCAAGUUGUUCAAACCACAAACUAUUGUAUACGAAGAAGAUCGAAUAAGACAAGAAUUCUUCCGCGAUCACCCAUGGGAGUUGGCAAGACCAAGAAUUGUACUGGAGAACGAUGGUCGUGAUGGGCAAAGAUGUGAUUGGACCCGGAAGGAAUUUUAUGCUCUGCGUCAAGAAGAGGAGAUUGAACGAAGAAUCGCGAAAGAAGAGGCAGAAUAUGUUGGAGCGUACUUUCACAAAGGUGCUUUGGAGGUCGGAAUGGAAUUGGAAGAUAAGAGUUACGAGGACUGGAAGGCAUGGGCUACCAAGGAGGUUGAGGCUGCAAACUUGCUUAAACAAGGAGCAUACACUGGUGUUGGAGCCGAAAGUGAGGACGCCGAUGUUUUGGAUGAGGCAGCUGAGGCAGAUGAGGGUGUUGAAGAGCCGGCAACAGUCGUCGCAUAA